CGAAUGAACCAAUCGGCUGUGGAAGGCAGAGUUGUCCCUGUGGCCGCCAUUAAAGAAAGGAAUCCAUGAAUUCAAAUGGAAACCAACAGGAACCGAAGCUGAAAUAAUGCUCUAAAUAUCCGCUCCAACACAGCCCAAUGGCUCACAUCGAGAGCUUUUUAAAGGAUCUAUUUCGUUUUUAGAUGAAUUUUGCGAUGGACGACUAAGACAGGUCGUUUGAUUUUUUAAGCAGAGACCGUUUUAGGGCUAAGGGGGAGGGGGAGAGUUGCUUCUUUUGCUCCCCCUUUCUUUUUGUUUUCUCAGUAUUUUUCUGCUUGUUGAAUGAGUUUUUCGUGCGUGCUUUGGACAUGUCUCUGUAAUAACAUCCACUGUGUGUUAUACGCGUUUAGCUCCGGCGGUUGAACUGCCAGCGGACGGUUGUUAAAUGAACUAUCCUCCAGCCAAAUGUUACAACAAAAUAUCUCUCGUUGAUUGAGCCUGCACAUCUUUGAAAACACAAAUCCGACAAUUGUUCUUCUUUAUUUCCCGAUGAAGUGAAAUGAUGGAGAGUUGGAUUUUGCAGUGAAGAAGGAUGAGUUCUUGUUUCGUACCAAACGGGGCCAGCUUGGAGGAUUGCCAUUCCAAUCUAUUCUGUCUGGCUGAUCUGACUGGGAUCAAAUGGAAGCGGUUUGUGUGGACGGGCUCUCCCUCUGCUCCCAUCCUGUUCCCGGUGACGGAGGAGGACCCCAUCCUGUGCAGCUUCAGCCGCUGCCUGAAGGCGGAUGUGCUGAGCGUGUGGAGGCGCUGUCAGAGGCAGGGCAGCAGGGAGCUGUGGCUCUUCUGGUGGGGAGACGACCCCAACUUCAGCGAGCUCAUCCACCACGAGCUGGAAGCUGAGGAUGACGGUCUUUGGGAGAACGGGCUUUCAUACGAAUGCCGCACACUCCUCUUCAAAGCCAUCCACAACUUGCUGGAGCGCUGCCUCAUGAACCGCAGCUUCGUUCGCAUCGGAAAGUGGUUCGUCAAACCCUACGAGAAGGACGAGAAGCCCAUCAACAAGAGCGAGCACCUGUCCUGCGCCUUCACCUUCUUCUUACACGGUGACAGCAACGUGUGCACCAGUGUGGAGAUCAACCAGCACCAGCCGGUCUACCACCUGACCGAAGACCACCUCACCCUGGCACAGCAGGCCUCCAGCCCCUUCCAAGUAAUCCUGAGCCCGUUCGGCCUAAAUGGAACACUCACUGGUCAGUCGUUCAAGAUGUCAGACCCUCCCACCAAGAGGCUCAUCGAGGAAUGGAACCAAUUCUAUCCCAUCAGCCCUGGGGCUAAGGAGGGUGCGUCUGAAGACAAGAUGGAGGACAUGGACUGGGAGGACGACUCUUUAGCCUCAGUGGAAGUCCUCGUCGGUGGUGUGCGGAUGGUGUACCCGGCCUGUUUGGUGCUGGUGCCUCAGUCAGACCUCCCUGUUAUUGCCCCUGUGGGGUCCUCCCACUGCACUGCCGUCUACACGGGUGCCCACCAAGUGCCUGCUUCCCACAGAGAGCCUGCUAUGUCUUUGGUAACACUCACCCCUCCCACUUCUCCGGAAGAGACACCACCAGCUGAGUCUUUCACAGCUCAAAAGUGGGUCAAAAUGACUUCAUCAGCAGACGUCUUCAGUGUGGACAGAACAAACCAUCAUGGAGGCAAGAUUCCUCGCCGGCUCUCCCACCAGGUGGUGAAACGAGUUUGGCAAGAGUGCAAUAUCAACCGAGCACAGAACAAGCGUAAGUACUCAGCUGCCACCAACGGUACCUGUGAGGAGGAGCUGGCGGAGAAACUGGGAGUGUGGGAUUUUGUGGAGCCUUCAAAGCGGUCGCACUGCAGCUGUUCUAGACAUAAAUCGGUGAAGCAGCGAACAGGCAGCACCCCGGGUCUACCACAGUUGCCGGGACAACCUUUACAAACUCCCACGAAGCACAAAGCAGGGGGAGACAAGCCCGAGAAAGGCGACAAACAGCAAAAAAGGCCACAGACACCUUUUCAUCAUCGCAGUUUGACCUGUGAAGAGACGUCGAUAGAGAGCGAGGCCACUGCCAACCAGAGGCUAGCACUACGCAGCCAGGAUGGAGGGAGAUUCACAAAUAUUCGCUCUGCAGAUGUGUCCAGCAUUCAAAAAGCCCCUCAGCUUCACAGUGGGCCGUCGGAACAGGCCAACUCCCCUCCGCCCCCACCUUUAAGCCCCCACCCAUGUGAACCAAGCGAGGAGUCUGGAGAAGGCACCAAGAACCCCUCAACCCCCAACAGUCAACACUUUUAUCAACCGCCUCCAGAGCCCUGUCUUGUGGGAGGGAAGAGCGGUGAAGAGCCAGGUGGUCCCGAAGGCCUCAGCCAGCACUUCCACAUGCCCUCUGGGGUCCCUGCUUACAUGGAGCCCCCAGAACCUACAGUGUAUAUGGGCUCAGCAGUCAACCUGGAGGUGGACAGCUCCCAUGCUCCGUGGAGGUUCUUUAACCUGCCUCGUAAGAAAGACUCAGAGCUACCUGCCCUUUUAUUGCCCGGAGACAAGCUGAGGGACGAUGCGGCGUCUUCACUGGACAGUUUAGUGUCAGUCACAGAAGUGAUGUCUACAUCUAAACAUCCACUGAAGGUGUCAGACGAGCGGCUGCAGAUGUAUCGGGCUAGGAGAACUCAGUACCUGUCUGCUGCCAUCACUGAUGGAGACCACGAGCCAGAAGUGGACCCCUAUGCAUUUGAGGACGGGGACGUAAAGUUCACUUUCUCCAAGAAGGAUAAAGCUGGAGGAGAGCGAGAGCCAGGCAAGAAGCAUAAGGGUGAAGAUGGCGGAGCAGGUCUAUCUGAUGAUGCUCAGAAGGGGGCUGCUCACAACCGUGUGGCUCCUACAAGUCUUUUCCACGAGACAGAUCUGGUUGUGUCCAUCAAUGAUCUGGACAACCUCUUCAACUCAGAUGAAGAUGAUCAGGCUCCUCGUACCAGACGACCAGUGAAUGGAGCUGAUGAGAAAUUUGGGAGUAAGGAGUCUAAACCAUCUCUGGACCCUGUGUCAUGUAUAAGCUCUGCAGAUCUGCAUCAGAUGUUUCCCACACCUCCUUCACUGGAGCAGCACAUUAUGGGCUACUCUCCCAUGAACAUGUGCAGUAAAGACUAUGGCAGCAUGGAGACCACCCCGGGCAUGACCACCUUAGAUGGCCUCUCGUCUCUGGGAGGACACUUCAAGAUUGAGGUGGAGGAGAGCUUCUGCAGCCCUAAGCCAUCAGAGAUCAAGGACUACUCGUUUGUUUACAAGCCCGAGCUGUGCCAGGCCUUUGUGGGCUGCUCCAUGUUCGCUCCUCUGAAGACACUGCCCAGCCAAUGUUUACCUCCCAUCAAACUCCCCGACGAGUGUGUUUACAGACCCAGCUGGACCAUGGGCCGAGAGAUGCCCGUCAUGACUUUCAUCAACAAAGACAGCAAUAUCCCUAGUGUGGGUAGCCUAAUGGAACAGGACUACACUCCUCAGACACACACCCCUUUUAUGUCCAACAGCGCGCCCCCGAGUAACAGCGGUGCGGGAAUCCUGCCAUCACCAGCGACCCCACGCUUCUCCGCCCCCACCCCCAGAACGCCACGCACCCCUCGGACCCCCCGCGGAGGCCCCUCCAGUGUCCAGGGCUCGCUCAAAUACGAGAAUCCUGACCUGUACUCUCCCGCCUCCACCCCUUCCACCUGUCGACCUUUGAACUCAGUCGAACCAGCAACAGUGCCCCCUAUCCCUGAAGCCCACAGCCUCUACGUUACCCUCAUCCUCUCUGAGUCGGUUAUGAAUCUUUUCAAAGACUGUAACUUUGAUAGUUGCUGUAUUUGUGUCUGUAAUAUGAAUAUCAAAGGGGCGGAUGUAGGGGUUUAUUUGAGUGAUCCAGUCGGAGAAGCUCAGGAACAAUGCACUUGCGGAUUCAGCGCCAUAGUUAACCGGCGAUACGGCAACGAUUCUGGCCUUUUUCUGGAGGACGAGUUGGACAUCAUUGGACGGGGGUCUGAUGCUAGUCGAGAAGCAGAAAAACGGUUUGAGGAGGCACAGCUGUUGUCGCUGGAGGGGAGCAGCAUGGCGAGGGGAGAGCGCGUGCCGGAUGCGCUGGUUAGCCUGGUACAAGAACUAUGCACUAACCCUUUUUCACCCAUCUCAAUCCUGGAAGAUGACAUCGCCACACGGGGCUUAACCAGGACGCCUUGUCAGAGAGUGGAGGAGAGAGACUACCGCGGAGACUGUUACAUGGCCUUAGAACGCGGAAGGCAAUUUAUGGACAAUAUGUCAGGGGGCAAGGUGGAUGAGGCGCUAGUCAAGGGUACAUGUCUGCAUCAUUGGGCCAAGCAAAAUGUUGUAGAUGUGAAUUCGUUAUGCUCUCAGGAUGUACUGAGGGUACUGAUGUCGCUACAGCCUGUUCUUCAAGAUGCAAUUCAGAAGAAGAGGACGGUGCGGUCAUGGGGCGUUCAAGGCCCUCUCACCUGGCAACAGUUUCACAAGAUGGCUGGGAGAGGGUCCUAUGGCACUGACGAGUCCCCCGAGCCCCUGCCCAUCCCCACCUUCUUAGUGGGCUAUGAGUAUGACUUCGUGGUCCUGUCUCCAUUCUGCCUGCCCUACUGGGAGAAGCUGUUACUGGACCCUUUUGGUUCCCAGCGGGACAUCGGGUACCUGGUGGUCUGUCCUGACAAUGAGGCUCUGCUCAGUGGUGCCAAAAGCUUUUUCAGAGACCUCACUGCUGUUUAUGAGUCUUGCCGGCUGGGCCAGCACCGACCCAUUUCAAAAGGUUAUGCAGAUGGGAUUGUUGUCGUUGGUGGUACAGUAGCUAAGAAUCAUUCAGAGCAGCCAGUGAGCGACUGGUUUCUCAAAGCCGCCAGCAGCAACAGUGAUGCCUUCACCAAGCUUAAACUCUAUGCACAAGUGUGUCGCCAUGACCUUGCUCCAUACCUCGCUUCGCAGUCUUUGGAUGGGUCCCUCCUCACACAGCUCUCUCCUGCCUCAUCUGGUCAGGCACCCACACAACAGUCUAGCUCCUCCUCCUCCUCCGCUGGCCAGCAGGGCUCUAAUAACAACAACAACAGCAACAACAGUGCAUCAGGAAACAGUUCUGCGUCAUCAAACACCCAGAAUUCCUCAGGCCAGUCUGGCAGUGGCAUGGCGUCUGUCAAGCCAAGCUCCUAUCCCCCUUUUGGGAGCAUGGGUACUCAGGUCCAGGGAAGUGGUUCCCAGAGUGGACAGCUGGGACAGCAGGCUGGGGCUCAGAGUACUGGCCCCUCAGGCGAUAGCUCCAACAGCCAGACUCAGGCAUCCACUGAGCCUCCUGAAAGCACUUUGGAACGGGAAAAGGUCGGCAUUCCUACUGACGGGGAAUCCCACGGCAUUACAUAUCCGCCUGCCAUCGUGGUUUACAUCGUGGACCCUUUCAGUUAUGAGGAGGCUGACAGUGGAGCGGUGCCAGGACACUCCAAUGUCUGGACUCUGGGCUUGCUCCGCUGCUAUUUAGAAAUGCUUGACUUCCUGCCCCCUCACAUUCGCAAUGCUGUUUCUGUUCAGAUUGUGCCCUGUCAGUAUCUGCUACAGCCAGUCCAAAGUAAAGAUCGCCAUCUCUACGCCCAGCAUCUCAAGUCUUUGGCCUUCACCGUGUUUGCCCAGUGUAGACGACCACUGCCCACCUCCACUCAUGUCAAGUCUCUGACAGGUUUCGGCCCUGGUUUAGCCAUCGACACUGCCCUCAAGUCCUCGGAGAGACCAGAGUGUGUUCGCCUAUACACACCUCCCUUUAUCUUGGCCCCAGUAAAGGACAAGCAAACGGAGCUCGGGGAGACAUUCGGUGAAGCGUCGCAGAAGUAUAAUGUCCUGUUUGUGGGAUACUGUUUGUCACAUGACCAGCGCUGGCUCCUGGCGACAUGCACGGACCUGUACGGAGAACUCCUGGAGACCUGCAUCAUAAACAUCGAUGUGCCCAACAGGGCGCGGAGGAAAAAGGGGUCAGUGAGAAGAUUGGGUCUACAGAAGCUUUGGGACUGGUGUUUGGGGCUCGUGCAGAUGACGUCAGUGCCGUGGAGGGUUGUGAUUGGUCGAUUGGGCAGGAUAGGACACGGCGAGUUAAAAGACUGGAGCAUCCUGCUGAGUCGGAGAAACCUGCAGUUCUUAAGCCGACGAUUGAAAGAAAUGUGCCGAAUGUGUGGAAUCUCUGCCUCGGAUACUCCCAGCAUCCUCUCUGUGUGUCUUGUUGCUAUGGAGCCACAAGGAUCCUUUAUUAUCAUGCCAGACUCUGUGUCGACGGGCUCAGUGUUUGGCCGAAGCACCACUCUGAACAUGCAAACAUCUCAGCUCAGCACUCCCCAGGACACCUCCUGCACUCACAUCCUGGUCUUCCCCACCUCUGCCUCUGUCCAAGUGGCCAGCUCAAAUUACACCAACAUUGACCCCAACCUGGAUAUCCUCAAUGCCACCACUGAUGGAUCAGAUGCCAUUGGAAUCUUAGACUUGCUAGAAGAAGAAACAGCGUUGGUUGAUCCAGACAUCAUCAUUUCCCCAACCAACUCCCCAGUUCACUCCCCAGGGGGCUCGCAUUACCACCACGGGGGAGACGGUAGUAAGGGCCAAAGCACAGAUCGUAUGGAGUCGCACGAUGAGGUCCCCUUCCUCCUACAGCAGCCACUGGCCCUGGGCUAUUUCGUCUCCACAGCCAAAGCCGGACCACUACCUGACUGGUUCUGGUCAGCCUGUCCACAAGCUCAAAACCAAUGUCCACUCUUCCUCAAGGCCUCUUUGCACCUCCAUGUGUCUUCAGUGCAAUCAGAUGAACUACUACACAGCAAACAUACACAUCCCCUGGACUCAAAUCAGACCUCAGAUGUACUAAGAUUUGUUCUGGAGCAGUACAACGCCCUCUCCUGGCUGACAUGUGAUCCAGCAACGCAGGAUCGGCGUUCGUGUCUCCCCAUUCACUUUGUGGUGCUCAAUCAGAUGUACAACUUCAUGAUGAACAUGUUAUAACCAGGAGCCUGUUACACUCGAGAUAAAGGAUGCAGAGUGGCACCAGCACAACAGUUUCCAAAGACGGAUGAAAGAGGCAGCUGCUGUGGAGGUGGUCCUGAGGAACUAGGGAAAGAAGGGAACCAAGUUCAAGAGAAUCCGAGGAAGUGUCAUGGCGGCGCUGUCACUGGCCAGUUUGUACUGGGAGUAAAUAUCAGUAAUUGUAAAGAAAUUCAAAGAAAAGGGACAUUUUAUCAUGGAACAACUCAAGAAAGGAUUAUGAAUUUUAAGACCUUGAAUUGCUUUUAUUCCUUUGGAUAGAAUAGUAUCCAAAUGAAAUGCCUGCAUCUUAUCUUAUUUAUUGUAAGUUUUUAAAUGUAUAAUUUGUGUUAUUUCUGAACAUUUUAUAAAAUAGGGAAGGUUUAUAUUACCUUCCUGCUUUAAAGCAAUUGGUCUAAGAUAUACAUAAUUGUCUUAAUUAAAAACUACAGUGGAAAAAAGCAUAAAAAUUGAACAAAGUUCCGGUAGGUUGCUUUUAGAGUAUUAUUUUUGUAAUGAGACAAAGUAUUUGUAUUGUCAAAAUGUACAGAAGAGUUAAAGGAGAAUUAUGUUUCAUGCCAUGGAGCAUGAAGGACUUGCAGCAAAGCUGUAGCUACAAAGGACUUGUACAGCAAUGAACUUCACUGUGUUCAAAUAAAGAGGUACAUUGUUGUCUAUAGUAUUUUAUACAACACAUUUAGACACAAAACCAAACGGCAAUAUAUAAAUAUAUAAAAAUUAUAUAAAUAAUUAUAUGAAAGCCAUACCAACUGUUGAUGGUUUGGCCUCUGUUUUAGGAAUAAAGUGCAUCAACUUAA